AAUUUGAAUAAAAACAAAAUUUGUCACAUCUGUUGAUCACUGACAGACUGCAUCAUUAGAAAACUGUUCACCAGUUACUAACUGCAUUUGUACAAGACCUUUGUAUACUUGUUUCCCAGCUAAAUCAAUGCAUCAGCAGCAUGAGAGGAGAGAGGCGCGUGAAGAAAUGGAGAGACUCUGGAGGGCAAGUGAACCGGAGACGAUGAACACCUUCGGGAUCGCCAGUGAGGUUUGCAGCCCUCUCAAAACCAGAAAGGAGAUGGUAGUUCAAAUGGAAUAUGAGAACCUGAAAAUGUCCCAUAUAAUCAGCGAGCAUAAGUUCUCAGUGGAGAUCCAGCUCGAGAGAGAGAGAAAUGCAGCGCUCCGUGAAGAACUCAAACAUCUUCAGACCAACUGGAGCCAUAAAGAGGAUUUAAAGACUAAAGUUAAGAUGUCCAAAGACCUGAAUGCCAGAAAUCAGCAGAUGGUAACGAAGGAUGCUCUGCUUCGCCACAUGAAGGAGAAGAUCCAGACUAUGAAGGACAAUGCCUCUGAGAUGGAGAAGAACUUUCUGAAAGACUUGGAGGACCUAAACCAUCAACAGUUCUCAAAUAAUCUGGAGAAUGCCAACAAGCUCCACACUGAGGAGGAGGUCAAUCAAGGCCUCAGAAAAGAACUAUCCAGGCUCCAACAAGAGCAGGAGGACAACAUCAGGGAGAAAGAAGUUCUUGAAAAGGAGGUGGUGGCAUUGCAGGACAACAUCAACACCAUGAAGGACAAUGCCUCUGAGAUGGAGAAGAACUUUCUGAAAGACUUGGAGGACCUAAACCAUCAACAGUUCUCAAAUAAUCUGGAGAAUGCCAACAAGCUCCACACUGAGGAGGAGGUCAAUCAAGGCCUCAGAAAAGAACUAUCCAGGCUCCAACAAGAGCAGGAGGACAACAUCAGGGAGAAAGAAGUUCUUGAAAAGGAGGUGGUGGCAUUGCAGGACAACAUCAACACCAUGAAGGACAAUGCCUCUGAGACAGAGAAGAACUUUCUGAAAGAUUUGGAGGACCUAAACCAUCAACAGUUCUCAAAUAAUCUGGAGAAUGCCAACAAGCUCCACACUGAGGAGGAGGUCAAUCAAGGCCUCAGAAAAGAACUAUCCAGGCUCCAACAAGAGCAGGAGGACAACAUCAGGGAGAAAGAAGUUCUUGAAAAGGAGGUGGUGGCAUUGCAGGACAACAUCAACACCAUGAAGGACAAUGCCUCUGAGACAGAGAAGAACUUUCUGAAAGAUUUGGAGGACCUAAACCAUCAACAGGUCUUAAGAAACCUGGAGCAUGCCAACAAGCUCCAAGCCAAGGAGGAAGUCCAUCAAGGCCUCAGAACAGAACUCUUCAGGCUUCAACAAGAGCAGGAGGACAACAUCAGGGAGAAAGAAGUUCUUGAAAAGGAGGUGGUGGCAUUGCAGGACAACAUCAACACCAUGAAGGACAAUGCCUCCAAGACAGAGAAGAACUUUUUGAACGAUUUGGAGGACCUGAAUCAUCAACAGGUCUUAAGAAACCUGGAGCAUGCCAACAAGCUCCAAGCCAAGGAGGAAGUCCAUCAAGGCCUCAGAACAGAACUCUUGAGGCUUCAACAAGAGCAGGAGGACACAUCAGAGAGAAAGACGUUCUUGAAAAUGAGGAGGUGGCCUUGCAUGACAACAUCAACCCCAUGAAGGAGAAGACACAUUUCAAAGACCUGGAUGACCUGAAAGAACAACUGGCCUCAACCAACCAGGAGUCGGUCAUUGAGACCAAUUGUGACGUCAGCCACAAUCUCCAGACUGACCUUGAGGAGGUGAAAGAAGAGAAUACCAGGGAACCAGAGGAGUGUGACGUCCACGACUCACCA